AUGGAGCACCAGGUUUCAGAACAACAACAACAACAACCACAACUUCCAUACCAACAUAGAAUCCAACCUCCACCGUAUCCAGGUUACUACUACUACAGUACACCACCACCACCUCGUCAAAAUAGAAAGCUAUUCACAUUCCCCAGACUAUUAUUCAUCAUCCUUCUCAUCUUCUCAAUCCUCUUGUUAUUCUACUUAGUCUUCAUCGUCCCUUAUAACAUCAAAGUCUCCAUUAACGAUGCCUCUCUCACCACCUUCUCCCUCUCCUCCAACCCUAACUAUUACUCCCUCACUUACAACCUCACCACCCAACUCAACAUCCGAAACCCUAACAAGCAUAUCAAAACUUACUAUAGCUGGUUACAGGCUGAAUCCUUUUACCAUGGCUAUCGUGUAACUCCUGUUUUUGAUAACUCAGUUGUAGAUGCAUUCAUGGCUGAGAAUAUGGGCUCUGGUUUCUUUCAUAUUGAUGUGGUGCUUCAUGCUAAGAUUCAAUAUAGCAAUAAUAAGGUCUUCAUGGGAGGAAGAAACAAUGUGAGAGUGAAGUGUGCCUUGUUCCUGCCACUGUUGCCAAAGGGAAGCUCUGAUGGAGUUUUUUAUACAGCUCACUGUCAUCAUCAUCAGCCUUGA